UAUAUUCGUUUGCAUGUAAAAGCACAGCGUGAUUUGUUAAGUUUAGUUUGACGUCAUUAGUUUAAUUAUUGACGAUUUACAAUUGAUCUAGUUAUGAUAAAUAAACCGGAAGCUGGCAUAUCAACUAUUUACAGAUACCUAAUAUGCAUAUAUGUGUGUUCGUGCAACAUAAAUAUAAAUACACCCAUGGCAGCUUUGCGAUUUUUGUUAAUGUAUUCUUGCUAGUACCGUGUCUAAAUUUGCCUUGCGUGUAUAUAUACAUAUAUAUGUGUAUAUAUUCUUAUGAACGAACAUGGUUGAUAUCCAAAUUGUUCCAAAUUGUAUAUUUUGCUUCUAUUAUAACCGAAUAAUUAAGUAGCGAUAUUACUUGAUUUGAAAUGCCAGGCGUUUUAGUAGGAUGCGGAAAUCCGUUGCUCGAUAUAUCAGCAACUGUGGAUGAACAUUUUCUGCAAAAAUAUGGUUUAAAACCCAAUGACGCCAUUUUAGCUGAAGAAAAACAUAUGCCGCUCUAUAAAGAUUUGGUGGAGAAGUACAAUGCGGACUAUAUAGCUGGAGGUUCGGUGCAAAAUUCAUUACGUGUAUGUCAGUGGAUAUUACAGAAACCAAAUACGGCUAUAUUCUUUGGUUGCAUCGGCCAGGAUAAGUAUGGUGACAUUCUAGAUGAGCGUGCACGUUCAAACGGUGUAGAUGUACAUUACCAACGUACGAAUGAAGCACCCACUGGCACGUGUGGAGUACUUAUCACUGGUACCCAUCGUUCGCUAUGUGCCAAUUUGGCGGCGGCAAAUCACUUUACAAUAGAUCAUUUGCUUACGCCAGAUAAGCAAAAGCUUAUAGAUAAUGCAGAAUUUUUUUAUAUUUCGGGUUUUUUCCUUACUGUAAGUCCGCCAAGCAUUCAGCAUAUCGCCCAACAUGCACACAAACAUAAACGUACGUUUCUCAUGAACCUGAGUGCUCCUUUUUUGUCACAAUUCUUCACAGAACCAUUAAUGGCUGCAUUACCAUAUGUGGAUAUACUCUUUGGCAAUGAAUUGGAAGCUGAGGCAUUCGCCGCUGCACAGGGAUGGGAAGAGAAAGAUAUGAAAGAAAUUGGUAAAAAGAUGUUGGCAUUACCAAAACAGAAUGCUGAUCGCACACGUAUAGUUGUGCUUACACAAGGUCACUUACCUGUGUUGCUUAUACAAGAGCACACAAUCGAAGAAUUUCCAGUUGAACGUUUAGAACCCGAUGAAAUUGUCGAUACAAAUGGAGCUGGUGACGCUUUCGUUGGUGGUUUUUUGGCACAGUACAUACAAAAGAAAUCAUUGGGCGUUUGCAUACGUUCAGGCAUCUGGGCAGCACGACAAAUUAUUAAACGUAGCGGGUGCACUUUCGAGGGAACGCCUGAUUUCAACGAAUAA